UCUCCCGCAAAAAUUCUGCCUGUACUCAGAGCGUCAUUUUGAAUUUUGCAGUUCCUCGGUUACUCGCCUAAAUCGAAUUUAAAAGUCUGUUGAAAAACCUGCUGAAGUGAAUUAACAUGGAGAAGGACACCAAAAAUCGGAAGUCCAUCGACGAUAAAAACAAAGUCAGCAUAGAAUGGAAGAAGAAAGUCAAGUCGGAAUACAUGCGUUUGCGGCAAAUCAAACGUCACAAAAGAGCAGACGAGAUCAAAGUCGCGUGGAAUGAAAACAGAAAACGGAUGGCAGAAACGCUGCAAGAGGAGGAAAAGCAUUGGCAGGAGCGAAAGGUGUUGUGGCACUGCUCGAGCGAGCCGCCGCUGCACCACUCUGUGAUGAAGAAGGCCGAGAUCACGACGUCAGACGGCGAACCACAGUCCAAGCCGAUCCGCAUGAUCAACGCGGUCACCCCAAUUCCAACCAUGUAUACGUGGGCGCCAAUCCAGCAGAAUUUCAUGGUCGAGGAUGAGACAGUGCUGCACAACAUUCCGUACAUGGGCGACGAGAUCCUCGAGCAGGACGGCGCCUUCAUCGAGGAAUUGAUUAAAAACUAUGAUGGAAAGGUGCACGGCGACGAGAGCUCCGGAUUCAUAGAUGAUGAGCUCUUUGUCGAAUUGGUCGAUGCUCUCCUCGCCGCGCCUGUUGAAGACCCGAAAAAGGAUCCCAAGUCCAAGACAGAAAAGGCGCCAGACCCGUUCAUUGGCAUUUUUCAAGCUAUUUCCGCCGUUUUCCCUGACAAAGGAUCACCAGAGGAAUUAAAAGACAAGUAUUUUGAGCUAACGGACAGGAGCCACCUGUCGACGCUCCCUCCUGAGUGCACGCCGAACAUCGACGGGCCAAAGGCGCAGUCGGUCCCACGAGAACAGACCAUGCAUUCAUUCCACACAUUGUUCUGCAGGAGGUGCUUCAAAUAUGACUGCUUCUUGCACAGGCUUCAGGCAUCUCACCCAGGACCAAGCUCUCAAAAGAGGAAAGGACCAGACUUGAAGCCGUUUGCGGAGCCUUGUGGGACUAGUUGCUACAUGAAUUUGGACGGAAUGAAAGAAAAAUUAGUGGCAGAAAAGGCAAACGAAGAAGCCGAGGAGAAGGAAAAGAACGAGAAAGAAAAGGAGAAGGAAAAAGAGAAGCAGGAGCAAGAAAAAGCAGCAAACGGCGAGGAGAAGGACGACAAAAUGAAGCCAAGCAAGGUGCGCAAACACGGCUCUCUGGACUCCGGGAAUGAGGCCAGCUCUGAGGACAGCAACGACAGCAUGAAGACGAAGGAGCUGAAGCGGUGCAACAGCAAGACGGAGGCCGGCAAGGAGCAGCCAAGCAGCAACAGCUCGUGCUUCUCGCUGAUCGGCUCGGUGGCGCCGGAGGACCACAUCGAAUGGACCGGCGCCGACCAGAGCCUGUUCCGCGCGCUGCAGAAGGUGUUCCUCAACAACUUCUGCGCCAUCGCGCAGACCAUGAUCACCAAGACGUGCCUGCAAGUGUACGAGUUCGCGCAGAAGGAGGCCGCAGACAUUCCGUCCGAGGAGUCGCUCAAGGACCACACGCCCCCAAGGAAGAAGAAGAAGAAGCACCGCCUCUGGUCCAUGCACUGCCGCAAAAUCCAGCUCAAGAAGGACUCAAGCUCCAACCACGUGUACAACUUUGUGCCGUGCGACCACCCCAACCAGCCGUGUGACCAGAACUGCCCCUGCGUCGGUGCACAGAACUUCUGCGAGAAGUUCUGCCAGUGCAGCUCCGACUGCCAAAACCGCUUCCCCGGUUGCCGUUGCAAGGCUCAGUGCAACACAAAGCAGUGUCCUUGCUACCUUGCCGUCAGGGAAUGCGACCCUGACCUGUGCCAAAUGUGUGGCGCCGACCAGUUUGACACGACCAAGAUCACCUGCCGCAACGUCAGUGUCCAACGAGGCCAGCACAAACAUUUGCUCAUGGCUCCGUCGGACGUUGCCGGCUGGGGAAUUUUCUUGAAGGAGAGCGCGCAGAAGAACGAGUUCAUCUCUGAAUACUGCGGCGAGAUCAUCUCGCAGGACGAAGCCGACCGGAGGGGCAAAGUCUACGACAAGUACAUGUGCAGCUUUUUGUUCAACCUUAACAACGAUUUUGUGGUGGACGCCACACGCAAGGGCAACAAAAUUCGAUUCGCCAACCACUCGAUCAACCCCAACUGCUACGCCAAAGUGAUGAUGGUCAACGGCGACCACCGCAUUGGCAUAUUCGCUAAGAGGGCCAUUCUCCCUGGGGAAGAACUGUUCUUUGACUACAGAUAUGGACCAACUGAGCAGCUGAAAUUUGUCGGGAUCGAGCGUGAAAUGGAAUUUUUGUAGAUGCAUUGACGAAAAAUUUGUUAGGGCUUUAUGCCAAUUUUUCUCAAAUGUGUAGAAUCGAAGAAUUCAUUGUUAAUGUGUAAUUUAGAAUAAUGGAAGCGUAGUUCUCAUUUUCAAUAAAUCACAACCUUGGCUUACAAGAUAAA